AUGGCUAGAUUGGCUAGACGCGUUCUAAAGUGUGUGCAGUUAAAUCUUCAUAAAUCCAAAUCUGCGACACAACAGCUAAUUUUAAAUAUGGAAGCUGAAGAUAUUGACUGUGCUUUGGUUCAGGAACCUCAUUAUUACAAGAAUUUUCUUCCAGGAUAUCCUGGCACUUAUAAACUUUAUUUUGAUCCUAAUUCUGACAAUGUAAAGGCGGCAAUCAUCAUUCGAUCACGUGAUUUAUCAACAUUUCUUGAUUAUAAAAAUACGGAUUAUAAUAUGGUCACCUUUGAUAUUACUGUUAGCUCAACUGUGCUCACUCGUUUUUCAUACUAUUUUGAACACUCAAGAAACAUUGACUUAGAUCUUCAUAAAAUUAGUCAAGUCUUUUUGUCCAGAAAUCUUAAUCGACUGGUUUGGUGUAUGGACUCUAAUGGCAAAUCUGAAUUAUGGUUUAGUCCCUAUUCAGACUCUCGUGGAGAUAAACUGAGUGAAUUUAUUUCUGCCAACAACCUAUUUGUUAUUAAUGAAGAUUAUGGACCUACGUUUGAGGCAACUCAAGGUUCUAGUUAUAUUGAUGUUACUGUUAUUGGUUCAGAACUUCUUCAGGAUGUUUCGAGUUGGCGGCUGUCAGAAAAAGAAUCCCUUUCUGAUCACAUGAUGAUUGAAUUUGAAUUUGUCUCUCUACGUUCUUACGAGACACCUCAAAUGUUCCUUUUAAAAUCUUCAAUACAGGGAAAGCAAAUUGGGAUCGUUUUCGAAAAUUUUGUUCUUCUAGCAUCACCCGUUUCAUUGAUAUUCUUAACGACUGUACGGACAGUUCUCGCAUAA